AUGUGUGAGCAGGCAGCGCGUUACUGUAGGGACGGUGUCCACAAACUGCUUAACAAAGAACAACCCAAACUUCGCGCUCAGGAAAGCCGGGACCAGCCUAAACCCGUAGCCGGUCAGGACAGCGAGUCCGCAACGGCAGCGCAGUCCGGAAACAGCGGCGCUCAGCCCGGUGGAAUCGACGGGCUCGUCCGCUGGAUAGUCACCAAAAUGAGCGACAACAAGAACGCCCCCACCCGGGAGUACGCCGCCAGUAAGGAAGAGGUGGCCGUGGCUCAGGAGCAGUUCUUCGCCCCGGAGCCGCGGAGAGGCAUCUCGGUGAUUUUAGAUAUAUUCAGAAGAGCUGACAAAGAUGAUGACGGGAAGCUGUCUCUGGAUGAGUUCCAGGCCUUUUUCUCUGACGGCACGCUGAAUGAGGAGGAGCUGGAGAAACUGUUUCACACCAUCGACUCGGACAACACCAGUAAUGUUGACACCAAGGAACUUUGUGACUAUUUUGCCAAGCACAUGGGAGAGUAUGAGGGGGUCCUGGCCUCACUGGAAACACUCAACCUGUCCAUUCUUAAAGCCAUGGACUUCACCAAGAAGGUUUAUGAGAAAGGGACCAAUGUGGAGCAGUUUGUGACUCGCUUCCUGCUUAAGGAAUCGGCCAAUCAGAUCCAGUCUCUCCUGAGCUCCGUGGAGAGUGCAGUGGACGCUAUUGACGAGCAGCACAGCCAAUCAGGUCACCUACCUGCCAAGGUGAGCCCGCGGGUGCCAGAGAAGCGCCAUGACAACGCCGUCCCAGACUACCCUCCCAACAACAGAGUGAGCGCCAAGGAGCCUGUCAGGACCAUCAACACUGCAUCAGGAGCAGUGGAGGUGAGGAAAGAAGGUCUGGAGGCUCAGAUCAACCGUCUGUCUGAGCUCAUCGGACGACUGGAAAACAAGACCGUCUGGUUCGAUCUGCACCAGAGGCUAACAGACACAGAUGCCACGGCCAGCGCAUCCUUGCUGCUGAUUCGUCAGGAGAUGGUGGUCCACCAGAAGAAACUGGGCGAUUUCUGUGAGGCGCUGAAGCAGUACCUGAAGAAUGUGUCUGCUCAGAGAGACUGCUUCCAUGUGACCGCCGUGCGCCUGCCCGACGGUUUAUCCUUCGUCGUCUACGAGUUCUGGGACGGAGAGGACGAGUGGAAGAGGCACCUUCAGUCUCCUCCGAACAAAGCCUUUCAGCACGUCAAGGUGGACACACUGUGCCAGCCAGAGGCCGUGUCCUCUGUCGCCGUGCCAGCCGCCUGGUGCAGUGUGAACAGGGACUAA